GGAGGCGAUAUAUAAGCCCCGGCAGAGGAGGGCAUGGGGAGGAAAGAAGGAAGAAAAGCAGAAAGCAAAGAAGGCAGCCUCCUCCUCCUCCUCCUCCUCCUCCUCCUCGCUGGUCCGAGACCCCAGCCCUUGCCUCACUUGGCUCCCUGCCUUCCCUCUAUCCAGCCGGCUCCUUCCAUCCUUCUCUCUCUCUCUCUCUUCUUUCUUUCUUUCUUUCUUUCUUUCUUUCAUCCACCCAUCCUGCUCUCUCUCUCUCUCUCUCUCUCUCUCUUUCUUUCUUUCCCUUGCUGUGCCUGCCUUUCCUGCCCGCGAUGCCCCCCAACCUCUCGGGCUACUACCGCUUCGUCUCCCAGGACAACAUGGACAACUACCUCCGAGCCUUAGACAUCAACGUCGCUCUGAGGAAACUGGUUUGCCUCCUCAAGCCGGACAAAGAGAUCAUCCACACUGGCGACCACAUGACUAUCCGCACGCUGACUUCCCUUCGAAACUACAUCAUGGACUUUGACCUGGGGGUUGAGUUUGAAGAGGACUUGGGGCCAGUGGAUGGACGCAAGUGCCAGGUGAGAAGCCAAAAAGGCUGGCCCUCUUGGGCCGUGGGAACAAGUCGGCGGUUCUGGGGUAGGUUGAUGCCUGGGCAAGGUAGAAAUACAUUGCCAACGUUGUUUCAGAAACACAAAUUCUUGGCCAUGCCAUGUGCUGGCUCAGCACAGGCUGCCUCUCUGUCUACCUAAAAGGUGCUAUGAUAG